CUGCCGCUCUAACAACAAAUAUCCGAGCAAUUCCUGGCAUGGCGAGCAUGACAAAUGUUUUCGUACUUAAUAAUACAAUAAUUACGGCGACACCAUACUAUAAAACGGUUUAAUGAUUAUGAUGCUCAUAUCCCAACAAUGGUGGAUUGUACAGCACAUGUCUGAAUGGCUCUGUGGGCUGGCCUUUCUCAUGGCAGCCUGUGUUUGAGUUUAAUUGCCAUUUUGCUAUUUGGCCAAAAUGUGAUUCAGUCUGCCCUUGAGUUCUGCCCCAGUUGCAUUAUUGGUUUUUGGCUUAUUAAUUGUAGACUGUAGACAAAAUUGAUUAAACAGGUUCAUAAAUAGUGAAUGCCAAAACUUGAUGAAAGUUUAAUUUAAUAUUUCUCAGCUUAGUCAUAAAGUUGGAAUUGUGACUUUAUGCUUUUCGGCUCUAAUGGAGUUUAAAUUUGAAAAUGGGGAAGAUGGUAUUAUAAUUUUAUUGAAAUGCCAGGCGUCUCUGAGUCUCCACAUCCUUUUUUUUUAUUAUUAUUAAUUUAUUAAAAGCCCGACGCCUGUCGUCUGGCCGUGGCUUUGGUCCUGGAUACUCAACGCCUCGUAAACCUUACUGAAAAAAAGGAAACAAAAAAUCAUCAAUGGCAAUUGAAAUGUAAAUCCAUUCGAGGCGCCUGUGGGAGAAAGGCAGAAUCCUCUGAAAGCAAAUGAAACAGGCUUAAAUCGGCAAUCGCCACCAAUGAGCCUUUCCACUUUCUCAAAUUCAAUUGGAACGCGCAUUCGCGGAUUCUUGUGUUUAUAUAAUUUCAUUGCGGGUUGCAAUCAAGGCGAUAGGUUUUCCGCCGAUUUCCUGCCGCCCUUCAUCGGCAGGACUCGGCUUGAGCAGCUUCCGCGCUUUCAAAUGAUUAUUAUUUGUGGCUAAAAAUAAGCAAGAAAUUUCCAUUCGCUCGCGGUGGCAUUUUUCGAAAACUAUUUUCCACGCGAUUUAACCAACAAAUUCACUUUGAUAUCGCGUAAAAUGUGCGGAGGUCGUGUGUGUGAAAAGGGAAAUUUAAAUCAAAUGCAGAGACAUUGAAUUUUUCAUGACAUACUUUAUACUGUCAACGCCCUGGCGCACAGCGGGGGCGGUUUGUUGUUCGGGGAUUCCUGGCGGCACAGCGUGUCAGGUCGGUGGAAGGCUGUCUAUUUCGCGAUGCUGCCGGAGAGAGCUUCAAAAAAUCUAUUCCCCAGCCAUCCAGCCAACCAGGCAUCCAAGCCCAACCAGCCAGCCUGCCUGCCACUCAACAUGUGUGCGUUGUAGCUGCUCACUCUUUGAUAAAAACCGAAAUUAAUUAUUGACGAGCACGUUGCCGCGGAUGUUGCUUUUGCGUCGCGAGUAGGUCCGUUGAAAAUUUAAAAGGCGUUCGACUGUAAGCACACAAACACACAUCCGUUUCCGCUUAAAAGCACAAAAUGUGUUUGCUUUGAACUAGCGAAAAUUGUCAACGACAACCGCAAACUAUCGGCGGUAAUGGUGGCAAGGCGGCUAGGUGGCAAGGUGGCAAGAAGGAAGCCCGCAUCAAGAAAGGACUAACCAAGCCAGUUUGUGAGCAAACAAAUUAGUGUUUAAUUAUACAUAGACAUGGGCAACCAGGCCAACCAGCCACACCGAAAGCAAAAGCAACAGAUAAAGCAAAGGCAAAAGCAAUUCAUUCAAUCGCAAAAAGAAAAAAUGCAUCAAAGCUGGUUAAAAUGAGUGAAAAACCCAGUGACAAAAGUGGGAAAAAAACUAUUGAAAGACUAACCGCAUUAGAGGAUGCAGAAGCGUCCGAAAACGGAUGCGAAGCGCAUGACGGGACCGGGACUGGCACCGGCCAAGCCGCCGCGUCUGAAGGCCGCUGCCAAAAAGCAGUUGCAGUUCGAGAGUCCGUUGCCACGUCGGACACGCGCCCAGGAUCCCCAGAAGCAGUCAGAGAAAGUCAUUGCUAUGCCGGACAGCGGCCAGGAUGCGGACACGGAUGCGGCAGCGGAAGCAGCAGUGGACGUGCCAGAAACAGGGCUGCUCUCACGGCCGGACUCGACUCCGCAUUCAGUGGCUGUGGCAGGACCUGGCCAGGGAACAAAAAAGCGUCUCGCCGAGGGCUGCACCAGUCUCAUGUACGCCUGCCAGCGGGGUGACAUUGUCCAAGUGUUGGCCCAAAUACGCGCCAAGCCCCAACUGCUGCGGCAACGGGACCGCAGCCAUCGCAACGCGCUGCACUAUUGUGCCGCGCAGGACGUGGAGCAGAGCAGAGACCUCGUGGCGGCCGCCAGCAUUGCCAUAGCAGCUCCCGAGCUGCUCGAGUCCGCCGACGAGGAUGGCUUCACGCCGCUUCACCUGGCCGUUAUCCAGGGCAACCUGGCGAUGGUCAACCUGCUCCUGGCCAACAAGGCGGAGGUGAAUGCAGUGGACAACGAAGGGCACUCGGUGGUGCACUGGGCGACGGUAUGUGGCGAAGUGGAAUCCUUGCGUGCCGUGCUGGCGGCCGGAGCCAGUGUGGCCAAGCCGGAUGCUAAUGGCGGCACACCACUGCACUAUGCCGCACAAAUGUGUGGCGCCACUCACGACAGCAAGCAGCAGGCUUCUUCCACUGCCAGCACUAAGUUGUCCCUGGAGAUCCUGGGCAUCUUGCUGUCCCAUCCACAGAGCAGCGUGGAUGUUCAGGACAAAGAUGGACGCCAGCCGCUUCUCUGGGCAGCUUCAGCCGGCUCUGCCAAGGCUGUAAUCGCCUUGGUCAAGGCAGGAGCUCGGGUGGAGUCCUCAGAUAAGGACGGUCUAACUGCCUUGCAUUGUGCCGGUUCCCGGGGCCAUACCGAGUGCAUCGAUACCCUUAUUGGUUUGUGCGGCGCCCCAACGGAUCUUAUCGACUCCAAUGGCUGUACGGCUCUCCAUUAUGCCGUAACCCUGGGCCAUGCCGAUGCCACGGCCAGAUUAUUGGACUUGGAAGCGGAUCCCAACCGUCAGGAUCGAAAGGGUCGAACUCCGGCUCACUGCGGCUGCUCCAAGGGACAGUUCGAAACCCUAAAGCUGCUGAAAGAGCGCGGCGCAAAUCUGUGGCUGAGGAAUGCCAAGGGGGAUUUGCCCCUGCAUGAGGCAGCUGCCUCGGGGAGAAGGGAGUUGGUGGAGUGGCUGCUGAGCCAACGGCCCAAACAGGUGAAUACCACCAGCAAUGACGGACGCAGCUUGUUGCACAUUGCGGCGGCGAAUGAUUACACGGAUAUGUGCAAGCUGCUGCUGGACUACGGCGCAGAUGUGAACGCCGUGUAUCGAAAUUCCCGAGGGUUAGUAUUGACGCCCCUGGACGGAGCUCUGCAGCGUGGCCACCGGUCUACGGCGAAGUUCCUGCAGGCCAACGGCGGCCAGCCUUCCAAUAAAGUCCGGCUGAGCAGCCGGCGAACGGGGAAUCCUUUCCACGAGACCAACGCCGCGGACUUGGUAAGACCCUUAAAGUAUGUGGAGAAGGAAGAGCUCCACGAUCUGCGCAGCUCCAAGAAGUAUGUGGUGUACCUCAAGCGAUCCGAUUCGGACAACGGCAAUGCCAAUGGUGAUCCGGAAGAGGAGUGCAGCUGCUCGGAGCAGACCUACCGCAAGGAGCAGCGUCUGCGGCAUGUCUGCCGGCGGCACAAGCGUCGCCAGCUGAGGAGGCGCACCAGCAGCUGCGGGGAGUCCAAGCACGAGCGGUGCAGUGAGAUCUGUCGCUCCAAGAGUAACAUUGAGAUUCGGAGGCGCAAGUCCAGGGAGAGAUACUCCAGCUCCACUGAGUGGGAGGAGGAGGAGGACGACGGCGAGGACUCGUGCGAAAACUGUUGCUAUCACAAAAGGCAAAAAGAGCGGGUGGUUUCCCGCAAGCGCUCCACUUCCUCCAGAAAGUCGAAAGACCGUCCGGAUAGUGAUGCCGACGAGGGAAAGAAUGGGCAGAGUGCCCACUCGUCGCCGGAGAAGGCAGCCAGGAAACCCUUAACCGCCAAUGGGGAUUUGGCAAAUCAGUCAAAUGUGAAGGAACGACCUCCAUCCGCCAGCAGGCCACCCACCAAGGAGGGAACUUUUAUUAAAUCGCCGCCAGAUAGCGGCAAGGUGGAAAAUGCCAGCGUCCUUGAAACCCUCCAAGUGGAGGAAUCUCAUGCCGUGGAGCUAACAGAUGAAGAGCAGGAGGCGGCGGCCCAGUCCGUGGUCACACAGGUGGAUGUUCACCACGAUGCAGAGGGCAAUACAUCCAAAUCUUCACAAGAACUGGGCUCUGUGGAUGAAAAAGCGACAGAGAACGAGAUUGAGAAGGAGCAAGCCAGAGACAAGGAACAGGAUCAGGAAGCCAAGUUGCAGCUGAGCGAGGAGGAGACCAAGCAGGUAUCCAAAGAAGUGGAGCAGGUGAUAAAAAUAGCAGCCACUGCCCUGAGCAGUGAGUCCAAGAGUUCCGUCGAGGAGCCACCAGCGGAGCAGUUAAACUCAGAACUAAACGAAGCUCCCGCUAUGACACCAGAAGCAGUGCCUAAAAAAGAUGUUAAAGAAUCCAGUGAACCCAAAACCCCAGAGGCUGCCCCAAUCAUACCUGCUGCCAAGCCACCACCGCCCCCUGAGGCGGAGGCUGCCAAGCCACAGGCAGCCGCAGAGAAGCCACAGCUGAAUAAGGCCACUGUCGGCGGAGGGUUAGAAACGGAGCCUCCAAAACCAGCCUCGGCUGGAAAAAAUCGCGAACAGAUGGAGCAGGCGAAUUCCAAGCCUACUCCUAACAACACCCCCACCCCCACUCCGGCCUUCAACCCUCCCCCACCUUUAGCCCCUCCUAACCCAGCUCCUUCGCCCGCCGCAGAGCCUAAAAAACCGCCAACCGCACACCAGCCACGCCCUCCUCCGCCGCCCAGCCAAGAGCCGCCUCAACGGGAGCAGGAAUCUAGGCGCUCCUUCACACUUCUGCCCUCCGACUCGGCGGACGAUGACCCAGUUGCAAAGCCAGGUCCAGGAGCUGGCGCCCCCAAUGAUCCGGAUACCACUGAGCGAAAAUCGAGCUUCCAAGUGCUGAAGAGCGAUGACUCUCUGGGCGAAUUGGAUGCGGAUGUCUCCCAGCGCCCGUCGGGUCGGAACACAAAUCAAGUCUUUCAGGUGGUUGGCGAGGGGAACGCCCCCAGCCAGCUGCCCAGUGCUUCGGAGCUGGAGAAGAUGGACUACGAGUACGAGGAGUUCGACGAUGAUGAGUACGACGAGGACGAUGCCGAUGGCAUUGAUCCGGAGCACGACAGCGCCUUGCGUCGUUUCCUUAGCAGCGGCAAUCGACAUGGAGUGGGCAACGCAGGACCUGGAGCAGGAGCAUCAGCUGUGGAUGGAGACACUUCCGAGGGCCUGGCCAAUGGCCGGAAACGACGCCUCAAGAAGCGAGUGAGAAGCGGCAACAAAACGCGCAGCAAUUGGAAAAAUGCCCAGGAGACCCGCGACGGCCAGGGAGCACUGGCCACCACCAAGGAUCAGGACUCUGGUUUUGAGCCCAGUCCAAGGGCAGAGCGUAGCAAGAUACCCACACUGCGAUCCGCCCACACUGCCAUGCCACGGCGACCCAUCUAUGCCACGCUGGACGGGCGUUCCUGCAGCAGUCGGCUGGAAAACCGCAAGCCCGGCGACAAGGGAGCCUGUGACAUGGGCGCCGUAACGCGUUCCAUUCAGCGAAAUAUUCGGAGAUACUACAUGGAACGAAAGAUCUUCCAGCAUCUUCUCGAGCUUAAAUCUCUGCAGAUCCGCUCCAGCAAGCUCAACGAGGCCGUGCUGGUAAAGCGAGCUGUCGAGGAUUACCACAAGUCCUGCGUCCUUUUGGGCAGUGAGACGGGCACUCGACUUCGGCGUUACAAUUUCACCGAGUACACGUUUAAGAACUUUGAGUUAUUUCUCUACGAGACCCUCAAAGGACUGCAACGGCCGGGCACCAAUAACUUCCAGAACAUUAAUGAGGUGUACGAGGAGGCGGAGCGGCGCUUGAGUCCGGACUACAAUGCGUACGAGAAGGCCUUGCAAUGCACCACCAAGACGCACCGCUGUCUUCAUGCUGCACACGCCUACACCGGAAUCCCGUGUGCUGCCUAUAUUCCCAUGAUGAAUCAUCACACGAUGCCAAAGUUCGGCUUUGGUCCGUAUAAGAAGACCGGCAGCGUGAGCAGCUUCUUCCUGCCCAAAAUCCUGACCAGCGGUCGUGCCUCCAGUGGAAGGGUCGGCGGAAUGGGAAGUGCUGGCGGCGGCGGCGGAGGUGGCAACCGUUGCAACCACAAAGUGGCACUGGAGCUAUCGCACGGCAAGAAUAAACAGCUAAUUUCACUUCCGGCCGAAAAGUUGGACAGCAAUAAGCGGUAUUACGUGACGUUUACCGUUAAGGACUCCUCGGGCCAGGGCAGCGCCAUCGAAUCGCACCGACCAGCAGCAUUCCAGCGGUGUGGCAGUGCCGCGGGCGAGCCGAGCGGCAAGUAGUGCGCGUCGUAUACGUAAUAUGUCGUAUACGCACUGUAUGCACCACAACCAUCCCCCAUCCAAUCGUGCUCCUGCCCUUUGUCCUCGUCCUUUUGAGGCUGCUGCUGCUACUGCUACUGCUGCUGCUCAAAAUGCAUUAAAACAAUGCCAUGGCAACAUUUUGUGUCGCUGCUGCUGUUGCUGCUACUACUGCUGGAUCUGUUGUUGCUUUUGUUGCGGCCACCCGUUGUCCGCGAUGUCCUUUUUUUGCUUUUCCCUUUUUUGUUUGCUUCCUGCCCUGAUGCUAUCUUGGAAUAUAGGGCCUUUAAAGGGUAUAUCGUUUGGAAGGAUUUUCUUUGGAUUGAUAUUUUGUAAGAAUAAUGAUCUAAAAGAUGACAGAUGAAUGGUUCAUCAAUAUGUCCUCAAAUCACCUUGUUUUAGUUGCCUACUCGUGUCCUUCAAAGCCUUGCCACAGGGUAUAUUCCCAUUCAGUUGCUAUCCUUUUUCGUAAUGUUAUUCCGGCUGCACUUUAAGAUGGCCAACUGCUGAUAAUGGAUGAUGGCUCUGCUCUGCGGCUGUCAGUUGAAGUUGUCACGCCGGCAGCGAUGCAGGCAGCACCAGCAGGAGUUGCAACAGAAUCGGGAGCAGUGCCUGGGAUACAGGACCACGGCCAGGACAGCACCACUUGCUAAAGCACCAGCACCAGCAGCAGCAGUAUGAACAGCAAUUGCUAAGGCAACGGCAGCUUAAAUUAUAGUGUCCUCCAACCCCGGAGCUACGCUCCACUCUGUUUGCUUUUGUUUUGUUUGCUGUUUCGCAUUCUUUUUGCUGCCGUCUGUUUGUUUGUUUGUUUAUUUGUCUGUUUGUGUGCUUGUGUGUUUGUCUGUUGGCGCUGCCGCUGCCGCUGCGCUUUUAUUUCAGUUUUUCAUUAUCAUUUUUUGUCGCAGUUGUCGGGAUGUGGGCGGGAUGGCUGCCGCUGCCUCUGCCGCGCCACUGCCGCUGCUGCUGCUGCUGCUUGGCAUGCUCCUAAUGCCACAGAUAAGCGUUGUUAUUAACGCUCGGCUUACCAGGACUAGGCGACAGGCGUGAGGACAUGCCGCCCAUCGUCGCUUUUGUCCUCACUCAGCAGCUACGAAAGGCAAGAAGCAAGCGGGGCUGGGGCAGUGGGGGCAAAAAGCAACAUCAGGACCGACCGGCAGAAGCAGCUACAACAGAAGCCAAAGCAGAUUCAGAAUCAGCGAAUGAAUAAAUGUAAAAUAUGUACCGUGCAUUUCUUUGGCGUUUCAACAUUUUUACUUUAUUUGCAAUUUUAUUUACUUGUCUGUGCUCUUGUGCGCUUUUCCAUUUUUCCCCUUUUGCCCCGGUCCUGGAGCCCCUUCUGGAGCCCCUCCUGGAGACCCUCCUGGAAACCCUCCUGGAGCCUCCCCAACCAACCCUCAAACCCUCAGCCAAGCCAUUCAAGCCGUUGUUUGUUUGUUUGUCUGUUUGCUUACUUCGCGCUGAGUGCAUUGUAAAUGGAGAAUAAUUGCAUUGCAUACAAAAAGCGUCGCGAUUUUUAAAUUGUAUAACCGAAGGAGCAUCAGCAGCAGGAGCAGCAUCAGGGGCAGAAAGGAGCACCCAGAACAGCAGGAGCCGACUCAGCAGCCUCAGCAGCCGCCGUAAAAUGAUUUCUUUAAAUAUCAAAUUAUAAAAGCGGAGUGCAUAAUAAAUUUCGCAUUUUAAGAGUUCGCGUUCCGUGUAGAUUUAAGGCAGCUGUUGCAAAAAUAAAUGUUGAAAAUGUCUAA